UACCUGUCUUAAUGGUGUUACGUAAUAGGAGGAUCGCCCCCAAGGGACAAAACCAAGCUGGUGUAUGAGUUGAUGUCAGUAUCUGUUCCACUGUUUACAUUUAUGGCGGUACUAACGUCACUGGCUAUAAUCAUCUCUCUGUUCUUUUUGUGGUUUAACAUUACUAAGAGAAAUGUCAGGUAUGAAAUGAUGCUCGGGAUCCACGCGAAUCACAGAGGCGGCGCAGCGUUUUGAAAGAUAAGACGGGAAGGGGGGGAUACCGUACACGGAGCCAAGUGUAUACUCUUACUCAGGGUUGCAUAAAUAUUUUUACGUUGUUCAGCGGCAGAGCCAAACCUGAUUGCCAUCUUAGCAGCGUCCAGUUUUUCUGCGCUCCAAGUUUGACAAUGAGGAGGCAAGCAGUCGUGUCCUCUCGCAAAGAGAAUUUCUGAUGAAACAGUGAUCAUUUUACCAAGAUGGUUUGAUGCAGCCACUUUCAAUUAUGUCGACACUGAAACGCAGGAAAGGGAAAGGAGCUUUGCCAGGUUUUGGGGUGGAGAGAGGGGGGGCUAGAAUCCCUUUCUCUAAUGUGUAUUUUGAUAAUAAUUCAUCCGGGUACCGUAAUAGACUUAAGAAACAUAGCCGAACUCGAUGCAGCUUAGAAUUGUGGCGAUAUUUUUUUACAUCUCACUGUUGUUAAACUUAAUCAUAACCUGUGUUUGAUUUACACAAAAGGUUCAUCAAGAUGUCCAGUCCUAAUCUGAACAACUCUGUUCUACUGGGUUGCACGUUAAGUUACAUCUCAGUGUUUCUGUUUGGUUUGGAUGGCGGAUUUAUCUCCAGUGGUUACGAGAUGAUAUGCGCGGUGAGGAUCAAACUUCAGAAGUACUGAGUUGCAACACAGUUGCUUUUAUUUUAGAAAUGUGUCCGCACCAUAACCAUGAUGCCUAAAGCUGUUUAAAUUGCCUGAAUAUUCUAUUUUAUCGAUAGGAUGAUGACAGCCUCCGCCAAAUUUGAACUCAAUUGUUAAUUGCGACUUAACUGCUUUUUCAAAUGUGAGGAAUUUCAAGCACAUAUCUCGAGUGUCAGCUUAAAAUCUCAAGUUGACACUUUCCGAACUUUUUUUUUCAGAGCAGAGCCUGGACCCUCUCUCUUGGUUUCAGUCUUGCAUAUGGCGCCAUGUUUUCCAAGACCUGGCGAGUACAUUUAAUAUUUACCAACAAAAAAUUAAAACGAAAGGUGAUUAACGUUGUAAAGCAAACUGAAGUUCAGAUCUCUUUUUCAACGCAGGCACUUGAUUUAAAAGCUGGCUUUACUUUCUUGAGUAAAAACAAAAUAGCAUAAUAAAAUGCUAGUUUAACUUUCAGUUAUCCAAGAGGGGUAACAGAAACCUCUUAGCAAUUUUGUGGUUUAUUGAUCGCAAAUAUUAAUGAACAGCUGUCAAAUCUUACAACUCGUAGGUGAUUGUCUGCAAAAUACGUUGGCUCUCACGAGAAAAAAUUGUUCUAUGCUUUUGACGAUAUCACUGGCUCUGCGCUUACGUUCUUCAGGUUGUAAAAGACCGACAUCUAUUUGCCGUUGUCUGUCUUCUUGUAACUGCUGACGUCAUCUACCUCACGGUCUGGCAACUGAUGGAUCCUAUGACAAGAAUUGUGCGUGAGUUUGUGAAAGAGGUGAGAACUAUCAUGUAAUAUGAUAAAUUUUCAAUAGUUUGACGCUGCACGGCUUUUUCGUGUCUUGCGGGAACAAUAUUUUGCUUUUAAAAGGACAACAUAAAACACUUUGCCUCUUCCUAUGUUUAGUAACAAUUCUCAGACUUUGUGUGCACAUGACAGCGAGAAUUAUCAAAACGUUGAUUGUGCUAUUCCCCUAUCGCCAUUGUGCUCAGACUCAUCCAAUAAAUGCUUUUUCUCGUUAAUAAUGGCGAUCAUCAUUUAAGUUGCCAGAUGGAAUGUUACCCGUUUAUUACUUAAACGUGACAACUUGACUGCGGAUAAACUAUUCCGUAAUUAUCGCAUAAUGCGAAAAAAAAGGAAUUUAUUUGUAACAUUACGAACCUCACAAAAAAAACGUGUCGCCCUUUUUGUGGGUGGAAUCCCAAGAAAGUGCAAGACAAAAUUAUUUCCUCUUGGCAAACGGCAAUGUGCUAUACCUGCUCUCAACUGUGACAUGUAGGCUCAUACUAAACAUAAUUUAUUGUUAACGGCUAACCCGUUUUUGUUUGUUUGUUUGUUUGUUUUCAGUCCUUAGAUUCCGAUUUGGACAUUACUUUAGUGAAGCAGCUGGAGCUGUGCGAAUCUCGAUUAACAUACCGCUGGCUUGGUGUGUUGUGUGGCUACAAAGGACUACUAUUGUUAUUUGGGGCGUUCCUUGCAUGGGAAACAAGAAACGUUUCAAUACCUGCGCUAAAUGAUUCCAAGUACGCUGUGCAUCAAGAAGUAAAAAUUUUUGGUUUUUUUGCCACCGCACUGCCUAGAAGUGGGCAGACGAGCUCCAGCUUUCCAUGAAGGCUGAUAGAAUUCUUUCAAAAAACCUAUAUUCUACAUACAUCAGUAUACUAUGUCAAACAAAGAAAGACUUUUCUGAUUGUUUUAUGGACGAGCAAAUCCGUUAGUUUGGAGGGUAGGUCCGCUCUAUGAACUGAAAGACAACCAUCGCGAAUACGUCAGCCAUUAUGUCAAUCAGAAUUAUCGUUUAACUCCCAUGAGCGACCAAGACAGAAUUUCUCGGUAGAAUAUCAAUACAUUAUAAAGCAGAAAAGUGACGAGAAUAAAAUAAAAUAUCAUUAGGGAUCGUAAGUUGAUCCAAUACUAAAUUCCCUAAACUAACAUUAUUAGUAUUAUACAGUAGACAGUAAAGAAAAUUACUGAUGAGAUUUGAGUGGAGCAGAUUUAACUAAUCUAGUAUAUUAGAUUUUCGAGGAAUAUAUUUUUCAGAGUCGACUAGGUUGGUAUAUAUUGAAAAAUAAAUAUUGUUUCUUUAAGAUCUUUGAAAAACUUUGUUUAGGUCUACAUUGUUGAGAAUAACUACCACUGCGUAUGUCUCGUUAACCGGUGAUGCAUUUUUCUUUGUAGGUACAUUGGUAUGUCUGUAUACAACGUGUUUAUCCUGUGCGUUAUUGGUGCGCCGAUAUCAUUGGCCAUGAGGGAAGAACCAGAUGCUUCGUUUUCUAUUAUCUCUGUUUGCAUUAUCAUCUGUACCUCUAUUACUCUGUGUCUUGUGUUCAUACCGAAGGUAAAUAAUUUUUAUUAAGAGUCAUGAACACAAAUAGUCUAUGUUGCCGUGCGUCCGUUCAAUAAUAGGUCACAGAUGACGUCAACAAGCUAGGUGCGCUUCGUGUGCCACUUUUUUCUUCUAACCACAUUUUGAUGUCAUGGGUGAUCUUUUACUGAACAGACCCACCACAAUGUGCAAUCUUCUUGUUUUCCAGUUUUUUUUUUUUUUAAAUGACGAAAAAGCAAGGUGUUGUUUAUGGUGACGUUAUCUAUGCAUCUGUCUUCGUAUUGAUCAUAUGUAAGAACCAAUCAUAACGCGUGGAAGAUUCAGCGCAUCAUAAAAAUUUAGGUAGCAUCUUGUAUCGCAAAUUCUAGUUACCUUCUUUAAUUAUCUACCUAACUAUCUAUCUAAUUAAUCGAUCUUUGCAUUAAGGUGCUAGAAAUGAAACGUGCUAGACUGGUUGGUGAGGAAUUGUGCCGAACGUUUACCACCAAUAACUUAAUUAUUGAAACAAACAACACUAUGCCAACAAUGGAUAUCGAGACAGAACGACAACUGAUGGAACUCAAGAGGAAAAUGGCUGAGGUAAGAAUAGAAAUUACUCUGUAGUUUUAAACGAUUUUUUAAAAAUUUUUAUCAAAAUCUAUCCCCGAGACCAUACGUUAUUUAAGAUACAAACUCUCUCUCGCAAUACAUUACCUAUAGUUAGAUUACUGCACAAUACUGAUCUCAAUAGACUCCUUACACACUUACUAGAAAAGUUCAUCCAAAAUAACUUAAUCAUACAAGCAUUCUUGUUUUGUUUUGUUUUGCUUUGUUUUCACCUGUUUAUUUGUUAGCCUUUUAAGUGCAAGGGGAUAAGAUAAAGGCUGUAAGUUAACUAACCUUGUCACGUAACUAACCCAAUAAAGAACAUUGAUGGUUCAAUGCUAUCAGAGUAAAACCAGGGCAAUCGCAGCAUCCGAUCACAGGAAUGGAAAAUACGCAAGGAGCGAAUGGAACAAGUGCGGGAAAAAUCGAGUUUCCUGGUCGUAUUGCUUUUUUUGUCUUGCAUCUGAUUCGUUGAGAUGAUUUCAAUUCGCGCUUGAUUGCCAGAUUUGGUACAUGUCAAACCAAACUCAAUAUAAUACCGACGCUUUCAUAUUUUCAGCCCCAAGAUACAAUUAUUACAUUCUAGCCCCUGAUAUGUAACGGUCAUAUAUAUGAUUGUGUGAUCAAACAUUUAAAGCUCAUAUAUUUUCUUCUCUUUUUUUUUUUUUUUUUUUUUUUUAACCAUGCAGAAAGACAAAGAAAUCAGGGAACUGAGGCUUCGCUUAAUGAACUCUCCCAGCGGGGGUAAACAAUCCCACAAGAUACAAAAAAGUAGUACAGAGGACAUUACACCUAUCGACAAAGCUUAAGUGGCCGAGGUGCCUGGGACUUUAGGACACAUUUUUGUGUAAUUUCCAAUAAAGCGUCAGUCAUCAGGCGGUGGUGAAUGAAUGGACACGGGUAAUAUAUCGGAUAUUCACGCUAUGAGAGAGUAUUCCCAGGUCUCGUCAACCAGAAUGAUGUAGGAAUUGAUUGAUUUGUGAAUGUAGGACCCACUGAUAAUGAUGAAUAAAUACACAACCAAACUGAGCAGGCAGGGGUGAAGCAGAACGUCGCUUUUUGGACGAUAUCAAGUGCUUUGAAGGUUAAUUAGGAACAACGACAUACUGAAAAUGAGCGAUUGUACUUCAAUCCAAGAUAUCCAUAAACAACAACCAAGGAAACAUCGUGCAAUAUUAUAAUGAUUUUAAAAAUCAAUUUUAUUACUUAAAGCAAAGCUGAGGUAAUAUAAUGAAAUGAAGUAUUGUAGUAAAUGAAACACC